AACGAACGAACGAACGAACACAAUACAUAAUCAGUUGAUCCCUCCGGCCUCCGGCCUCUAAAUCUAGCUCUAUCUACUCUGGCCCCCCAAGCACUUGGAGCUUCAACACUCGAAGCCUCGCUUCCGUGCCUGAAACUUGAAAGGCCGAAAGACCAAAUAAGAACGUCCGAGACCAUCCCGAAUCGCCGUGUGUGCGUGUGACCGCUUUCGCCAUCCAUCCAUCCAUCCAUCCAUCCAUCCUCAUUACCUGCCUGGAUGGAUGGACUGAUACGGCUUGAUUGAUUGCGUGGAUUGACUGUCCCGUGAUUGGUGUCCCGCCUUCCUGUCCCUCCCUGGCUCGUGUGUGGGACUGGACCCGGUCAGGCGGCUUGGGCGGCUGGCUUGCAGGGGGGGUUGUCCCUCAAGGAAACUGACCACGCCUGCCAUCCCACCCAUUGGUCGAGCCCCGUCGGGUGGGGCGUGGUGACUGACCGACUGACUGAGUCAGUGAGGGGCUGGUGGGCGUUGUGCCAGGCAUGGCGCCGCCUCCGCGCGGGGCCUUUCGGCGUUUUCGAUGCCGGCAACGCGGCCGAUAUAUGGGCGAAGCCUUAAAACGGGCUUUGACCUUGGGUCCCACGUGGGAUUUGGUGUUGCAUAGCGAUGCGGGCGAGCGGUUCCGAUGUCAUCAAGCCGUGUUAGGCGCGGUCAGCCCCGUGUUGAAGUCCAUCUUGGCCGGCUGGGAGUUCAUGGUGCUGAGUCACCCGGUCAUCAUUUUGCCCGACAUCUCCAGCCGCGCCUUGGACACGUUCCUCAAGUUCGUCUACACCGGAUCCGUCGUGAUUCGACGCGGAAGCUCGACGUUCCAUCAGUUUCGCCAAUUGGCCAAGAUGCUCAAGGUCAAUCCGCAGACGGAAAUGGAAGACCGGGUUGAGCCGCGGCCACCUUUGGUGGAAGUGGUCGAUCCCGGAGACGAAAUUCUCCUCGACGACGAUGAUGAUGAUGAUGAUGAAGAUGAGGACGACGACGACGACGAUGAUGAUGAGGAUGACGAUGAGGCAGAAGAAGAAGAAGACAUUCCCCGUCUUUCCACGUUAUCUUACUCCCUGCCGGACAAGAGCCGUGCCGAACCCGAAGUCAUUACCAUUUUCGAACCCGAGCCGCCCCCUGUACCCAAAGCUGCUCAGACGGCACCUGCCCCACCAUUACCCAAGUCACUCCCACCCGCUAAGCCACCCCCAUCUCAGCUUCCACUGGCUAAGGCACCGCCCGGUUUAUUACCGCCCGCUAACCAGCGACGUGGAGUAAAGCCAUCCGUUGAAUCCACGAUCCAUCGACCCGCUAAGGUUGCACUGCCUCCCACGGACUCCACGGACUUGGCCUCUCCGCCUACCACAGUCGCUCUGAAGCAAACCGAUCCCCGUCUGGCUCCCCGGACCAGCCCCUCUUCCCCCGCAGACGCUUCACCUAAGCCCAACCCAACGCGUGAAGUCACGCUCACCAACAAUCCCAGUAUGCGGACCCAUCUCUCUUCCAUUCCUAAAUCCGUUUCCAUUCAGCCCCCGUCCUCUACAUCCCUUUCCUCUCAUGUCCCAGCCACUAGCGUCACUCCAAAGGAUCAAGCUUCUUCAAAACCUCGGAUUGUAAAGCCUCCACUUAGUAAAACCAAUUCAUCGGACAUAAACCUUUCAAUUCUGAAGCCCGCGCUAGAUCAGCCCUCAAUCACAGAUCAAUCGUCCGAAAAGGCAUCUAAACCUUCAGUCGCUGGAUCGCCCUUAGGCCAAAUUUUGCCCCGAUCAGAGACCGUUUCCUCCAAACCGAAGACCCUGUUGAACGAGUUGGAGACAUCAUCAAACAGAUUGGAGAAAUCGUCUACCAACACCGAGACUCUUUCAUCUAGACCCGAGACCUCGCCCACUGAACCAGGAGCCUUGCCUUCCCAACCCGAGACCUCUUCCUCAAAAGCUGAGGUGCCUUUGUCUGAACCUGAAGCCUUGUCCUCUAAACCAGAGACCUCGUCGUCGUCUAAGACGUCCAAGACCCUUUCCCACCAUGAAACCUUGUUCCCUAAAUCCGAGAUUGUAUCCUCUCAACCCAAGGUCCUUUCGUCUAAAUCUGAAGCUCCUUUCUCCAAACCUGAAACCUCGUCUUCUGAACCUAAGAACUCGUUCUCUCAACCCAAAGCUCUUUCCUCUGAACUCGAGGCUCCUUUACUUAAGCCUGAAAACUCGGCUAAACCCAAGACCCUUUCCCCACCUGAAGCCUCGUUCCCUAAUUCUGGGACAUCGUCAUCUAAGCCUGAGACCUCGUCCAUGAAACCCAAAACCAUUUCCGCUAAAUCCGAGACUCCUUUAUCUAAACCCGAAGCCUCGUCCAUGAAACCCAAAACUAUUUCCACUAAAUCGGAGGCUCCUUUCUCUAAACCUGAAAUAUUGCCCGCAAAACCCGAAGUCCUUUCCCAACCUGAAACAUCGUUCCCUAAAUCCGAAACUAUUUCCUCGAAACCCAAGACCACCCUCCCCUCUAAAUCCGAGGCCAUCAACUCUGAACCUGAAAAGCUCUCCUGUGAAACUGAGACCCCGUUCUCCAAAUCAGGAGACUCGUCUCCCCAACCGGAGAGCUCGCCCUCGAAAUCUGAGAAGUCCUCGUCCUCUAAAUUAGAGAGCUCAAAACACCAGAUCGAAGACCCUCCGCCGCCUGUUCCGACUUCCACGGCGGACAGCAUCAACCUCCAAGCCCUUGAAGCGGACUUGGCUCGACUUCACGGCGAGAUCGUUCCUGAUCCCGAGCCGAAUCCUCCGUCACUUCCUGUGUCUGAAACCGUGGACCGCGUGGCCCCGCUACUGGAAGCAUCCACGACGGAAGAAACGCCCGCUGUUGCCCCACCUUCACUUGAAUUGCCCUACGGGACCCCUUAUGAAGCGUCUUACGAAUCCCCUGAUACCUUGAAUUCCACAGUUGAAGAUGACAGCCAGCCCGUGGAUGGUUUUGUCAUGCCAUCAAACUUUGAUUUGCCUCCGGAUUAUCUCAGUCAGGCCCGCACCAAUACCGAGACAGUGUACGCCCCGGACCCCACCUUACCUGUGGGUUUGUCCAAUGAACAGCCUCGCUUAAGCUACGACUUUCUGUGUUUGUCACCCCUGAGUAAUGCCACUCCGCGACACGAGCCUGACUACUACAUCCAGGCCAAUGAGAUUGAUAGCACGAAUGAUCAUCCGGGGCAUGAAAAUGCGUUUCAGGUGGGUCGUUCUUGGUCAAGUGCCGAGGAAUCGGGCUCGUCACCCGAGCCCUCUGAAAGCCCCGAUGCGAAGUUGUUUCCCCAGAGUCCUUACCGAAUUGACCUCAAAGAUAAACUGCAGGUUCGAGCCCACCCUUCAGAACCCAAAACUACCGGGGCGGCCCCAAAACAGCCGGUCAUUGAGAAUUCCAAGCAAGAUCCUCAUCUGUCCAAGAAAGCAGAUCUUCGCCCUGAAUCCCCGAAAGCGACUGAAAUCACCAGCAAGAAGGCUGAAUCAAUCAAGCCAGAUCAAGGCCAACAAGGGCCAGGGAAUAAAGAGCCUAAAUCCGUGGCCGUUUCAAUGGCCGAGGUGCCCAAGUUAACCGAAAGGUCAAUAGAAAAGUCAGGGCUAGAGGCUUCCAAGCAACAUCAGCCUCUACAAGCCAAAAAAGAUCCGGCUUCCCAGGCUGGUCCCUCAUCCGAGACCUCUAAAGUGAUGGGAAUCUCGACUAAAAAGCCACUCUCUGAAAUGGCGAAGCCCAAUCACGUCCCCCCACCCAAGAAAGAGUUAAGAACAGGCGAUCAUUUGCCGACUGAGAAGGCGAAAGUGUGUGAAACAGCUAAAAAUUCCUCAAUAGUGAAAAAUGUGACCAACUCUUCCUCGCCGAACCCUUCUGACAUCGUCACCAAGACCCUGUUGCCAGAGAAUGUUGUAAAAGUACCCAUAAUCUCAGUCCGCACCGAUCUCAAGGUCAAGUCCAGUAGCAUCUCGCCGAAAUCAUCCGACGUUUCGGCCAAUUCGGUCAAGAAAAGUGUUCCAGAGAACUCCAAGCACACCCAUCCUUCCCCCCACGUAAGUAAGGAUCUAAAGACCAAGGCCAAAAAUUCGUCGUCGUCGUCCGUAACCACACCCAAAGAUAUUAUGGAUGAGCUAUUCGGAACAGAUGAAGGACCUAAGAAGAAGAAGAUAAAUCCAACUAAGAGCGUAUCGACAGUCCCCAGUUCUAAACCAACUACCCCCGUCGUCCCCACGUCCAAUCAAACAAUUUCGGCCAGCAACGACCCCAGUCCCAAAGAGAAACACGCUGUCUCUGUCCGUGAGGAGCUCGAGGCCAAACGCCAACGGAUGCUGCAGAUGCUCAAGCAAGAGGAGCCUCGACCGUCUCCGGAUGUGCGUCCACUUAAAAAGCGAACGCCUGCCACUUACGUGUCCAUUCACGAACCGGAGAAAUCUUGGCUCGUGGCGGAUUCCGAUUUUGAAGAAGAAGAGGCCGCACUGUCCUCAUCCUCCUCGUCGAAAAGCUCGGCGGAAGACGUCGAGGCCAGUACGGAUUGUGAGCAGGUCCGAAAGUCGCGACAGGAACGGCUCCAGAAGCGUCGCCGCAAACUGGGUGUUCCAACGUGGUUUGAUCGCGGGGGUCGGAAGGUGGAGGUCAAAUACUUCGAGACCGGGGCCGAGAACGUCCUGGAGCUGGCUCAUUAUCGCCUUCGAUUGCUAGCCGGAGAUGAUGGAGACAGUGAUGGCUCUGGCGACGAGGACAUGAAGAGCAAACGAGGCGGGGACGACGGUUCGGGCAAUUGGCGAUCCAGGAGGAGAGCUCAACGCUCUGUGGACUCGAAACGGACAGACUUUUCCAAGCUGAAACGCACGUUUUCGGAAUUCCAAGAGCGAUCCAAGAAAGGAAGGACUCGAUCUAGUUCGUCUUCACGAUCGUCCUCGAGGUCAUCGAGGUCAUCCUCGGAUGACGAGAACACGCACCGACGGAGGCCGAAGAUGAGGCCGGGCCCACGGCCCUUAAUUGGAUCGCCCUCGAAGUCUCGCAAGGGAAAGAAGAAACCCCAGUCAGAGAGUGAUACUGAUAAACAGCGUGUUGGUUUGAAACGCCAUCACUCUCAUGAGCCACUUCAAGGGCAAAGUGCAAAAUCACCCUUGGUUCCUUUUAAAAUCCGAAAAUUAGGUGGUGGCCCCGGGCACUCGGGACACUCACAUGAAGAUAAGAAACCUGGCAAAUUGGGCCCAACUCAGGGACCGUCGUCCGCCCCUCGUCAAUCCGUGGAUGCAUUAUUUGGAACGGUCCAUUCUUACGGGUUGUCGUCUGAAGGGAGCCUCGCCAAGAGCGCCAUUCAUCCUCAGAAAGAGGCCAUCAUGAGCAUGUCCUUUAAGAAGAAAAAGAAAGACACCGCUGAAAUUGGGGAUACGCCCCUCAGCAACGAUACUAAUAAUGUGGCUGGCCCCAAUGGGCUGCCAUCAGUUGCUUCCUCAGCCACCAAACAUCCGGGCAAUGCCUUGGUGGUCAUUGAGAAAUUAACCCCUGGUUUGAAGAUUAAGAAUCAACGGACCAUUUUGUCAGAUGACUCGGAUAGUGAUACGAAAUUGGAUGGAACCAAAUCAUGAAACUUGACGCAAAACGGGAAAAAGAAGUAAGCGCCUUGCUCGAAAGAAAAAAAAAAGAAAAAAGUGAACGCGAAUAAGCAUAGCAAUCAGAUAUUAUGGUCUAUAUAGAUAUUGUUUUGUGUUAUUUUUGUAUUACUGUUGAUGGUAUCAACUUUCAUGUUACUCAUAUAUGUACUUUGUUGAUACAAUGUGAUUCCAUCGGAUCUUCUAGAAUUCAAUCCUGUCAGAAACCAAAAGCAAUCUUUGAUUAGACUCUCAAAUUGGUGAUACAUUUUUAGAUUUCUAAAAUUCAUGAAGCGAUCCUUUUCUUCUAUGACAAUGAAGUAAGUUCGGCUUACUUGCUUCGGGAGUUUCACGAGGUAAGAGGUUUCGCAACCAAACAAUGACCAUUCCCAAACCGAAUGUGUGCUUCCUCCAGCAACGGAAAAAUAUUUUUUUUUUGCGACUAGCAAUGUUUUGAAGUUGCAAUAUAACCUCGACAAUCAAAAGAUGAGGCCCUAGAUUGAAUACAACACCUUGAUUUAUAUUUCCACCCCAAGCAUUAAGAGUUAACAAAUUCGGAACAAACGUUUGUGAUUCACGCAAUAUCAAUGGCAGAAGACCAAAAUUUGACAUCUGUUUCGCCUUAAUUGAAUUUUCUUCUAUUAUGAAAUAAACAUAUUUUCUCGAA